AUGUCGGAUUCAGACUCAAAACUUUAUGAACUAUUCGAAGGUCCCUUUGUACUCUGCACAUUCAUCAUCGUAUCGGUUGCUGGACCGAAAUCAAGGGCAGCUCUCGUCAUCGUAUCAAAGCUAGGAAUUUUACUCGUUGUGCUUUCUAUCUUGGAUCCUUCCACGGCUUUCGUUCUUGAUAAAAGACAAGCUGCGGAAUCUUCAUGUCCUCCACAACAGACUAUUACUGUAACUGCAUUUGAAUGUCCGAUUAUUUCUUCUCCUGUGCUUCCUAGCAGUGGAGUAUAUUCGACUGCCGAUUUCACAUCUGCUUUUACCAGUUCCGAGGUUUUAGUUAGUACAACAGUAUUGAGCAGUGUCGACUAUGCCUCGACUUCUUCAAUACCAUUGGAGACCAGCUCACAAUCAUUGAUCCUUUCAUCAUUUGUUUCUACUUCAGGUGCAGCAGCCACUUCCACAAGUCAGAGUCCUGUCUCUUCAGCUAUAUCUUCCACGCCUGCCUCAUCACUCUCUUCCGAGUCUUCACUUCCAUCUAGCAGUCUUGCUGUUUCUGCAACCAGCAUUGAGACUUUAUCGAUCAGUACGGUAGCACCCACUUCGAUUCCAGCUUCCACGUCGAGCAGUGUCAUAACAUCCGAACCUUCUUCGGUAACUCAGAGCUCGGUUGGAUCUUCAUCGGUUGUCUCAGAAGUUCCUAGCUCGCUAGCCUCAUCAGGAGCUGGUUUCACUACUUCAACCGAAGCCUUGCCAUCUUCUUCUUCUGAAAAUCCAGCUACCAGUAGCAAAAAUAUACUUUCUUCAAGUCAGGAAGCUAGCGGUUCUUCAGAACCAACGAGCAUCCCCGAGUCAUCGACAACAAUUUCGGAAUCGGCCAGUGUUAUCCCAAGCGAAAGUUCUCUCUUCACUUCUCUAAACUCGGCGGGACCUAUUACUUCAUCCGAAAUUUUCCCAAGUUCGAGCUUACUUCCUAGUACCGCAGCUUCCACCACAUACAUUUUGCCCUUACCCUCCUCAUCCUCAUUUAUAUCUUCCCAACUUCCAUCCUCUGCCAUUCCAUCAACAACCAUACUCACCGUAACCUCAUCCGCAUCCCUACCCGCCAUCACAUCGGUUACAGUAACCACAACAGUCAUUAGUACAGUAGGAGGUCAAACCACCACUGUCUUAUCAACGUUCACACAAGUCACUACUGUUGAGACAACUAUAGCAACCACUGUUCAAGUACCCACCACCGUGAUUAGCUUGGGAACCACAACUGUUAUACAAUACACUACAGUUACAGCUCCAGCUUGCACAGUACGCCCCUCGUUGAUUGAUGGUGGCUUUGAAGCUGGAAACAGUAUCGAUCCAUGGGUCGCUGUUGCCACGGGACCUAAUCCUCCUACCUACACCACUUCAGCUACUCCCCACAGUGGAUCUACCAGCUUAGAACUACUUUUCUUCCCAUCAUCUUCAGCCAGCUCAUACAUAACUUUAACGCAAACUGUGACCGCAUGCCCCUCUUCCAACUACCUCGUUACCGGUUACGUAAAAGCAAACAAUGCACUCAGCAUUGAGCAGACUUCUAAUUGUUUCAUCUAUCUUGAAACGCCCACGCAAUCUUCUCCGCUCACUUUGAUUAAUUCCUCCACAUACCCAGGUUGGAGCAUGGUCUAUCUAUUCUUCACUGCUCCCUCGGGCGACGGUCCACAGGAUGUGCAGUUAACAGUGCAUUCUUACUGUGAUAGUGGGGCUAUUGAUGCACCGGGAUUGUUUGUGGAUGAUUUCGUCGUUAUUGGAUAA